CGCCCCCUCGCGCGCCUCCGCCGCUCGGGGCGCGGCUCCGCGGCCCGCGCGCUCCUGGGCGGGGGAUGUUGUGAUGGAGAAGCCGCCGCGGAGCCAGAGCCCCGCAGCCUGAGCCGCCUCCGCCGCCUGGGCCUGGGGCCUCGCCGCGCAGGAUCUGCCAAGGCCAUGUCUGUUCCGUCAUCGCUGAGCCAGUCGGCCAUUAAUGCCAACAGCCAUGGAGGCCCUGCACUGAGCCUGCCCCUACACACUGCCCACAACCAGCUGCUCAACGCCAAGCUGCAGGCCACGGCUGUGGGACCUAAGGACCUGCGCAGUGCCAUGGGGGAGGGUGGGGGUUCUGAGCCAGGCCCUGCCAAUGCCAAGUGGCUAAAGGAGGGCCAGAACCAGCUCCGGCGGGCUGCCACAGCCCACCGCGACCAGAACCGCAACGUGACAUUGACCCUGGCAGAGGAGCCCAGCCAGGAGCCUGAGAUGGCACCCUUGGGCCCCAAAGGCCUGAUGCAUCUGUACUCUGAGUUGGAGCUCUCAGCCCACAAUGCAGCGAACCGAGGGCUCCGAGGACCUGGCCUGAUCAUCAGCACCCAAGAGCCAGGGCCAGAUGAGGGAGAGGAGAAGGCAGCAGGGGAGGCUGAAGAGGAUGAUGAGGAAGAGGACGAGGAGGAGGACUUGUCUUCUCCUCCAGGGCUACCCGAGCCCCUGGAGAGUGUGGAGGCUCCUCCUGGGCCCCAGGCCUUUGCCGAUGGUCCACGGGAGCACAGCAAGAGUGCCAGCCUCCUGUUCGGCAUGCGAAACAGUGCAGCCAGUGACGAGGACUCAAGCUGGGCUACCUUAUCACAGGGCAGCCCCUCCUAUGGCUCCCCGGAGGACACAGAUUCUUUCUGGAACCCCAACGCCUUCGAGACGGAUUCCGACCUGCCGGCUGGAUGGAUGAGGGUCCAGGACACCUCAGGGACCUACUACUGGCACAUUCCGACGGGGACCACCCAGUGGGAGCCCCCAGGCCGAGCCUCCCCAUCAGAGGGGAGCAGCCCCCGAGAGGAGUCUCAGCUCACCUGGACAGGCUUUGCCCACAGAGAAGGCUUUGAGGAUGGAGAGUUUUGGAAGGAUGAACCCAGUGAAGAGGCCCCCAUGGAUUUGGUACUAAAAGAUCCUGGGGAGGGAACAUUGCCCUUUCCAGCUCAGAGCCUCAGCCCAGAGCCAUUACCCCAAGAGGAGGAGAAGCUGUCCCCACGGAAUACCAACCCAGGGAUCAAGUGUUUCGCCGUGCGCUCUUUAGGCUGGGUGGAAAUGACCGAGGAGGAGCUGGCCCCUGGACGCAGCAGUGUAGCAGUCAACAAUUGCAUCCGUCAGCUCUCAUACCACAAAAAUAAUCUGCACGACCCCAUGUCUGGGGGCUGGGGGGAGGGAAAGGACCUGCUGCUACAGCUGGAGGACGAGACACUAAAGCUGGUGGAGCCAAAGAGUCAGGCACUGCUGCACGCCCAGCCCAUCGUCAGCAUCCGCGUGUGGGGCGUCGGGCGGGACAGCGGAAGAGAGAGGGACUUUGCCUACGUUGCUCGUGAUAAGCUGACCCAGAUGCUCAAGUGCCACGUGUUUCGCUGUGAGGCACCUGCCAAGAACAUCGCCACCAGCCUGCAUGAGAUCUGCUCUAAGAUCAUGGCUGAACGGCGCAAUGCUCGCUGCUUGGUAAAUGGACUCUCCCUGGACCAUUCUAAACUGGUGGAUGUCCCUUUCCAAGUGGAAUUCCCAGCACCUAAGAAUGAAUUGGUUCAAAAGUUCCAAGUCUAUUACCUGGGAAAUGUGCCUGUCGCUAAACCUGUGGGGGUAGACGUGAUUAAUGGAGCCCUGGAGUCAGUCCUGUCCUCCAGCAGCCGUGAGCAGUGGACUCCAAGUCAUGUCAGUGUAGCCCCUGCUACCCUCACCAUCUUGCACCAGCAGACGGAGGCAGUGCUGGGGGAGUGUCGGGUGCGCUUCCUCUCCUUCCUGGCUGUGGGCAGAGACGUCCACACGUUUGCAUUCAUCAUGGCUGCCGGCCCAGCCUCUUUCUGCUGCCACAUGUUCUGGUGUGAGCCCAACGCUGCCAGCCUUUCAGAAGCUGUGCAGGCUGCGUGCAUGCUCCGCUACCAGAAGUGUCUGGAUGCCCGUUCCCAGGCCUCCACCUCCUGCCUCCCAGCACCCCCUGCUGAGUCCGUUGCCAGGCGUGUAGGGUGGACAGUCCGCAGAGGUGUUCAGUCAUUGUGGGGCUCCCUUAAGCCCAAACGCCUGGGGGCCCACACCCCCUGAAGCCCCCAGUCCUCCCUCCACCUGCUUGCAUUGGGCCCCAGAGAAUUUGAGCGUAUGGGCCAGGGAGGGGCCCCAGAGGCUGUUCCUAGGUCUUGUCCCUAAAAACAGCCCCCUCCCCCCAUUGGCUGGGUUCCCUGCCUAGGGGCUGGGGAGGGAGAGAUCUGAUCACUGCAAGGAAGUGACAACACUGGAUUGAUGACAAGAGGGGCAGGAAGCAAGGCCAGCCCUGGGCUUGCCAUCCCGUUUCAGGUGGAGUAGGAGGGACUGACCCAGCCGGGGCAGGAGGAGGGGACUGGUCCAGGAAUGAGUCCCCUCCCCCCUGCUCUGGGGGCACCUCCGCUGUACUGAUGUCACUAAUAAAGUCUGUCACCCUGCUGA